AUGUCGGCUCACACAUUUACAGUCAAUUCGACGGAUUAUGUGGCAGCGUGCUACAGCAACGGGUUCCAAGUACCGAAGAAUAGUAAAGAAAAUCGAAAUCUGAAAUACGGACAUGUUGAAGAUGACAAUGUUGACAUCGCUUAUUUGAAUUUUCCAUUACUCCGUGCUUCUUGUUUAUUCACAAUUAUUUCGUUAACAUCCUUUUUUGCGGCAAUUUAUGCAGCAUUUCGAACAGAUUACAAGCCAUUCACCGACGAAGAGCUUCUCGACAAUUCUCUCAUUAUAUUCUACGGCUCGAAGCCUUUUCGUUGUCGGACACACCUGAAGUUUCCAAAAGAUGGUCUUCCAUCAAUAUUGAAUCUUUUCGAACUGAAUGUGUGGGCAAAUGUGAUAUUCAGAUUAUCCGCAUGUCUCACGGUUGCUGUUCGUGUGUUCCAUGUAUUUAUCCUGAAAAAGCUCGUUAUCAACACAUGGAGCAAUUAUCCGAAUCCAGUAUUACGAUGGUUUUGCGAUCUGAUGCCGAUGCUCUCAUUUAUUGAAUCCACUGCGAUGGCUUUGUUCAGCAUUAUUACAAUGCACAAUGAUUUCAAAGAUGUGAAUCAUUUCGCGAAAUCGGUGUUCGCGGUGUCUGGAACCGUCAACAUGUUCCUCAUCGCCGUGCUUUCGUUUAUGGCAACAGUGAACUCACCCAAGAUUCUAAACGCGAUAACCGUCAUCAUUCGUCUAGCUUGCGCAUUUGUGUUCGCCUACACCGCGCCACAGUACUUUGAAUUCCACAUCGGAUGGACAAAAGAAUGUCUCUGCCAUUCAUACAUUCCACGUGAUUUCGCCUUCCUCGAGUACAGUCUUAUAUUCGCCUAUCUCAUCUUCUAUCUCACAUGUCUCGACGAUCUCAAACACCUUCAAUUCAUUUGCUAUCCACGAACAAGCAGCGGCGAAUGCGAACCAUUGGAUCCAGCGAAUUUCGAAGUCGGCGCCAAAUAUGAGCAUUGUCGUGCUUACGAAUUCAAUCAGCGACGAAUCAACGCAAUAUCAGACAACAUUCAACGAAUGUGA